UUUAUUCAAACAGUUUUCCAGUCUUCAUGUUGCUCAUUUUCUCAGAUUCCUCAGGUGAAUUGAGCUUAAGCUUCUCUGUUCUUCAAAAUUACUCCAAAAUGGCUGCUUAUGGAGCUCUAGUUUCUCUAAUGAAUAUCAUAGAUCAACUUCAAACUCAUCCACACCCUCCUAUUUCCAUCGACCAGCAACAGCUUGAAUCUCUCACUCACGCAAUUACUUCCCUGCAACAAUUUCUCCAAGGCUAUGCUCCCCACAGGGGCUACACCGAAGAAGUUGUUUGGGAGAGUCGAAUUGCUGAAGCGGCUUACCACGCUGAAGACGUGAUGAUCAAGUCCUUGUUCGAUCUAGAAAUGAUGUGCAAAACAUCACCUCCGUCCAAUUUCAUCAAGGUCUUGUUACAAUUUAUGUAUUUAACUUGCUUGUUACACACUAGAUCUGAUCAUUUGUUUUUCAAUAGAUCUGGAGAAGGUGAUAGAAAACAUGAAUUUGAUCAACAUUGAGCUUAAAGAGAAGAUGGUAGUCCAAAAUCAGCUGCGCAUCAAAAGCUUUGGUGCAGGAUCGUCUAGAUCUACUUCCACUGCUCAGAAUGUUGCCAUGAUUGGUUUCGAUGAUGUCUUGUUGCGAAUGCUAGAUAAGAUCACUGGCGCAGGACUCGAUCUUCAAAUUCUCCCCGUAGUUGGAAUGGGUGGGAUGGGCAAGACCACUCUCGCUCGAAAUAUCUAUGUGAGUCCACUCGUCCAACAACAUUUUGAUUUUUGUGCAUGGUCUACGAUCUCUCAAAAGUUUAAUGCUCCGGAAAUUCUUAGACAAGUUCUUGGUCAAGUAGACAAAGAUGAGAAAAAUUUGGGAGAUUUGAGUGAAGAUGAAUUAGGAUUACUUUUGUAGCAAUAUUUGAUAGGAAGGAGGUAUUUUAUCGUGAUGGAUGAUAUGUGGAAUAUUGAGGCAUGGGAUGGAGUUAGGAGAUUCUUCCCGGAUAAUAGAGAUGGGAGUAGAAUAGUAGUGACUACAAGGCUAUCGAACUUGGCAUCACUGUUUAACUACUCGAAUGGUCAUGAUAUGCAAUUUUUGGAUAAGGCUGCUGGUUGGAACCUAUUUUCCAAAACUGUGUUCGGGGAUGGAAGUUGCCCUCUUGAGUUGGAGAGUGUCGGAGAGAAGAUUGUGGAAGGUUGUAGAGGACUUCCGUUGGCAAUUGUUGUCAUAGGAGGACUAUUAUCGAAGUCUGAACUAACAAAAGAAAGUUGGGGAAUUUUUGAAGAAAAUCUAAGUUCAAGUGUAAAUUUGGAUGAUAGCGAGAGUUGCUUGCAAGUAUUAUACAUGAGUUAUAAAUAAUUUGCCAGUCUAUUUAAAACCAUGUUUUCUCGAUAUGGGGGGAUUUCAUGAAGAUGCUGAGAUUUCAGUAUUUCCUUGCAUCCUAUCAUGGGUAAUGGAGGGAUUUGUAAAACCAAUUGAUGGGAAGUGUUUGCAAGAGAUAGCAAAAGGGUAUAUAGAAGAACUUGUUGAUAGAAAUAUGCUUAUAGUUGAUCAACGCAAGCAUUUUGGGCAACUAAAGUCAUUCAAAAUGCAUGACCUGUUGAGAGAGAUUUAUGUUUGAGAGAAGCUCGAAAAUUGAAAUUCUUAUGUGUGUUGGAGGAGCAGACCAUUCCACGGGGCAUAAAUUCUCAACGUCGUAUUCUAAGCAUGUUAGAAGAAGAUGAAUAUUCUACUCCAAUCCUUCAAUCCUUGGAAUCUGCAUCACUGGUCCGGUCUUUUUUAGGGGAAUAUCCAAAGAGUUUAUCAUAUAGUUUUAGAUUAUUGAGGGUAGGAUCUAUAGUGAACGAAGAUCUUCAGGAGAUUGUCCAUGGACUAGUUAACUUGCGUAUUCUUUUAGCAAUGAAUGCUUGUCAUUCAUUAGCUUCUUCGGUCUAUUUUCUGUGGAAUUUACAGACACUAUUUUUACGUGAUGCAAGUGCGGAUUUCGUUUGCGAGAUUUGGAAGAUGCCUCAACUUAGGCAUGUCAUAGCCGAUGGAGGGAUGGCAUAUUGUGUCUCCGAUCCUCUCAGUGACGAAGAGGAUAUGGUGUUGGAAAACCUACAUACACUCUUUUGUGUGAAGAAUCUCAAAUUUGGUGAGGGUGUGCUUAAAAGAAUCCCCAAUAUCAGAAUGUUGAAGCUAUACUAUGAAAGAAAAAUAGACGGCUCAAGAGUAAAAGAAGGAGAAGAUUAUUAUGAUCUCAGAAAUGUUUGUCGGCUCCACAAACUUGAAACUCUUAAACUUCAAUGUCAUAACAUUGAUAGCCAUUUGAUGCGGGAAGUGAGCUUCCCGUAUUCCCUCAAGAAGUUGGCAUUGGUAAAUACAAAGCUCCCAUGGGAAGACAUGAAUACAAAAAUAGGUUCGUUGCCCCUUCUUCAAGUUCUCAAGCUGAAAAAGAAUUCCUUCAUUGGGUCUGAGUGGGAAACAUCUGAAGACCAAUUCUUGAACCUCAAGUUCUUGCUGAUUGAGAGCUGUUAUAUAGAUUGUUGGAUCACAGACAACGCCCACUUUCCACGCCUUGAGCACCUUGUUCUUCGCUCUAUAUCCGAGUUGGAGGAGAUCCCUUCAUGCAUGGGAGACAUACCAACACUUCACUCAAUCACGGUGUACAAAUGUAGUGAUUCAGUGGUUGAAUUCAGCUCAAAAAAUAAAGGAUGAGCAACAGGAACUCGGCAACGAAGAUCUUCAAAUCAUUGUUCACUGAAAAAUUUGUGAGGUAGUCUUACAUGAAUUGCUCCACAUAUAAGGUCUACUUGUAGUAGGAGAAGAUGAAAGUCCACAAAAUCGAGAUGUUUGAAGUUGUGUUUGUUUGCUACUCCCUCCGUGCCAUAAGAAUAUGUACUCUUUUCUCCAAGUAUGUUUUUGGAACUUAUUUGCUGUUGUCUUUUACCCUCCAAGUAUAGCAUUCAUUUCAAGAUUGUGAUUAUUUCUGUAAUUUAUUUUGAUAUUCCCUAUUCAUUCUGAGCUUGAGAUUUUGUGUU